AAAAGAAAUAAAAGAAAUAAAGGUUCCUAAUAUUACAUUCAGAAAAAGUUUUAAUAAAAAUGUUAAUGAUGAUGAUGAUGAAACUCAUGAAAGUGGAUCAAGUACUGAAAUUAAGGAUUUUGAUGAUGAAUUACUAGAAACAGAUUCUAUAAAAAGUCUUUCAAAUAGUGAUAUUCAAGAACAAUCAAAUAAUAUCAGAAGUUCAUAUCAGAAUGUAGUACCACAACAACCUUCAUCAAAACAGAAUGUUGAUGAUUCUGAUACUUUGUUACAUCCUUUAAAACAAAGAUUUUCUCCAAAAUUAUUAUCCAGAUAUCCAAAGAAUGAUUAUCCAAAAGAAGGAAACUUUCCUGCAUAUGUUCCAAUGUUUUGUUUUCCUAAUGAUAUAAUGAUAAGAGAAUCAGACAAAUGCCCUGAUGCAACUUUCCAUGGUUUUGUGAUGACACAGGAAGAUGGCUCACAGCGAUAUGGAGUAUGUUUAACUACAUUUGAACCAAUACAAGAUGAUUUGUUUGAAGAAUUAUACGAACAACAAAAAAUCUGGAGAGAAGCUAACAUGUCUCAGAGUGAGAUAGAAUACGCAGAAAGUUUAAAUGAAAAGAUAAGGAUAGAAAGAAAAAGAAUGGAAACGGCAAGAGCAAAAAUUUUAUUACAGAGACACAUAAGCAAUAAAGAAUUAGAAGAAAUAGAAAUGGAAAAGGCUGAUGCAAAAGAAAAAUUGGCAUUAUAUAAUGAACUAUUACAACCUAUUAAACUAGGAGUGUUAGAUAAUAGUAAUCUAUGGGUGCCAAAAUGUAUUGGUAUAAUAAGUCAUUUACCAUGGCAUGAUAUAUUAAAAGAUUGGUUAUGUGCUGUCGCAAUGCCAAUGAUUGAAGGACUUAAAGAAAGAAAUGAUCCAAUUAAAUCUUUGAUCCCUCUUGAGAGGUACAUAGUGAACCUUGUACAUGAGAUACCUUUACCACCACUUGGAAAAUUACAAAUAGCAUUAUCAGUUAAUGAUAUGACAUUCUUUUGUGCAAGGCCUGCGCUUAAUCAGUUGCCAAUAAUGAAGGAUUUUUCGUUAUAUUCAUUAUUUAGAAGUCUUUCGAUUAAGAAUAUAAUAACAUUAUUUGAGGUUGCAUUAGCAGAAGGAAAAAUAUUGAUAAUAUCAUCAUACCCAGACAUGUUAUAUCAAGUAGCACACAGUAUAACAUAUUUAAUUUAUCCAUUAUAUUGGCAGGGUGUAUUCAUUCCUGUAUUACCCGCUAGAUUAAUGGCAUGUUUACAGGCACCAGUACCAUAUAUUAUGGGAAUAGAGAGACAAUAUAAGGGUAUUGAUUUAUUACCUGAAGAUGCUUGUAUAAUUGACGUUGAUAAGGAUACAAUAUUAAUGGCAAAAUUACCAAUACAAAUACCAUCUAAACAAAGAAAGAAAUUGUUUCAAUCAUUGGAAACGUAUUCACCUAUGCAUGCACGUUAUAACGUACCAUAUGGUGUGCCUUCAUUUAUACAACAAGCGUAUCCAAAUGGUAGAUUUACGCCAAUGAGUAAUAAAUCAAAAUUGUAUGAUAAAACAGCGGGAGAUAAGAUGUGUUCGGUAAUAGGAAUGCCAUCUAGGGCAAUACCGUUAACUUUAUCAAUGUCUAGUUCAUUUGAUCCUGAAAAUGGAUUAAUGAGAACCAAUAGUAAUGGCGAAAUUGAUCAAGUUUUACAUUUAGCUCCUAUAUAUGAUAGCGAUAAUAUGAGUUAUAAAAGUAAUAAUAGUAGUUCAAGUACUAUUAGUGAUCUAUUUGGUAACAAUAAUAAUAUGAGGUUGCCUAAUUAUAGUAAUAAGACACAUAUGCAUGUAAGAUCAAGUGUUUCUAUGAGUAAUUUAAACUCGGUUUAUAAUAAUAGUUCGGCACAUUCUAUACAAAGAAGAUUUUCCAAUUUUGUUCCUCCUUCUUUCUCUUCUAAUAAAGUUGAUUUAAGUGGUUUGGACAAAUUUGGUAAAAAAACAAAACAAAGACUUAGUACUAUAACUGGAGGGGCAAGAAAGUCCAUAAUGACGUUUAAAAACAAAGCAUUAACAAGAAACAGUUUCUUGAUAAAUAUACGUGAAACAUCAUCACAUUUGAUUAACGAUAAUUCGAUAAUAAGUCCACCAACGUCGCCUGGUUCAACCGAUUACUCUGAUUCAUUAUUUGAUGAUGUUUCAAGUAUAUCUCAUUCAAACAAGUCAGUACCAUUAGGAGUUAACUCUGAAAAAAAUUACACACAAAAAGAAGGUCAUAUGAUGGUAUUAUUACCGCCUGAUAUUGAAGCAUAUGGACAAAAAAGUGGUAUUAAUACUUGGAUGAUGGAAGGUUUGGCUUGCGGUAUAUGUAGAAAUAGUCUUGGUAUUAAUCCUGUGUAUAAAUGUGAAGGAUGUUCAAUCAUGAUACAUGAUGAAUGUUUAAAUGAUGUGGUUUAUCCUUGUAUACCUGCCUGUUUUGAUGAACCAAAGGUAUUAGAAGCAUUCUUAAGAGUAUUUUCUUCAUUAUUAAGAAAUUAUCGUUCUUUUCUUAUAAAUAAUGACAAUACAACAAGAAGUCGUGCAAAUGAUGAUAAUGAAUUCGAAACUAUUGAAGAUAUUAAUGAACUAUUUAGAAAAGAUUUGUUCUUAAAAACUCUUGAUAAAGAUGAAAAGGCAUUUUUAUCUAAUUUGAUAGAUUCUCAAUCAUUUUCACAAUUUAUUACUGAGAGAGCAAUAAGAAAAAGCGAAGAUUAUGAUAUAUUAUAUUUUGAUGAAAUUAUAAAAGCAAAACUUAAUAGAUCAAAACUAAAAUUAUCAAAAGAAUUAACGAGUUUCCUAGACGAUUCUUCAUUUGAUGUAUCACAAACUAUACGUGCCAUGAAACCAAAUGAAGAAGGUCUUGACGAAUUAGGAUUUGAAGGUUACAUAUAUUUACCUGAUUGUUUUGAUUCUGAAUUAAUGUCUACUCCUCGCCCCGUGCGAGAUGGUUGGGCAAAUGGUUUCGGUAAAGGGUGGAGGUAAUUAAGGGUUGGGAUUUAUACCAUGUAAUUUAAUAAUUUAAUGUAGUUUAUAUCAUAUAUAUAUAAUAUAUAUA